AUGCCGUACGUUUCAUGUCUUGCGGUGCCUAGUUCCUGCUUAAUACUUCCUCACCAAAUGCCACUAUGGAAAGGAAAGCAGAGGCAAGAAUCGCGCGAUGAUGAAGGCGCCCUCCUGCUUCUGAACUACGUCGGCUCCAGUGCCUUUGACGCGUCUUAUACAUUGCCCCUCCUAGUAGGAUCAUCGAAACAGAACCUGAGUGUGCAAGUAGACACAGGCUCAGCCGAUCUGUGGUUAGCAUCGACCGAUUGCGCCUCAUGCUCAAAUUCAUGUCCUCUCUACGACACAAGCCAAAGUAGUUCCGUCAUCAAGACCGGUGCACUGUUUGAUAUCGAUUAUCUGGUCGGAAACGUUACCGGUACUGUUGUAUGGGAUGAGAUUGAUAUCAACGACCAGUUAACUAUAGACUCGCAGGCUUUAGCCGCUGCCACCGACGUGGUCGAUGAACCUCUUGGAUCUCGUUUUUCAGGAGUGCUUGGUCUCUCCCCGCCCUCCAACUCGCGUAUCACAAGCCUCAUACCAGCUACGGAUUCCAACGCGCCGGAUGGAGCUACAUUUUCUUCCAACAUCUUUUCGUCAUCAUCUAUCUCCACUGUAAAUCAAUUCAUAGGUCUCCUUAUGACUCGUCCGGAUGGUGGCGUGCUCGGAGGACGGCGUCCGCUUCUAGGUAUCGCGAAACACCCUGAAGAGAGCGAUUUGCCGGAGUGGUUGGGAGGGAGCAUUGACAGCAUCCAAUACACUCGACCGGUGACAAGUACGAAUGACUUGGGUGUCAAUAUCGGCACCAUAUUGUGGAAGGUGACGGUGCAGGGCGUGAGUGUGUGGGUAGAUGGCCAGGAGCGGGUGGUAACACUACCAUCGACGACUCGCGGUACGACAGCAGUGUUAGAUUCAGGCGUACCGAUAAUCCUGACGACCAAGGCGAUUGCGGAUGGAAUAUAUGGUGCAGUCGGUAUAGGGCCCGGGUCUGAUGGGCAGUAUUACAUUCCAUGCAAGACGCCUCUAAAUAUGACGCUAACGCUGAAGAUGAGCUCAAAAUCAGUUGUGUAUUCGGUGCAUCCCCUCGAUCUGACGACGCUACAAUCAAAGAAUGCCGGCGACAGCACCACAUGUGUGGGCCUGAUUCAGGCCAGUGACUCGUCCAUUAACACCGCAAACGCGGGCGACAUGAUUUUGGGUGUGGCUUUUCUGCGGAAUGUAUACAUGGUGCUUGGGUUUGACGGAGCAGUGGGAACGAAUGGCGAGGGGGAUAAUAGUGGAUACCAUCUCGGUCUAAUGGGUUUGACAGAGCCAGGAGUUGCGAUGUCUGAGUUCCAUACGGUGAGAGUUGAUGGAAUGGCACUAGAUGGGGCCAGUGGUUCGAGCGGGACAUCAAGCAGCAGCGACGGAGGAGGUCUAAAGAUUGGAUAUGCAGCACUGAUCGGAGUGGGCGGCUUCUUCGGCUUGGCCUUUUUGAUGUUUGGUCUAUGGAGGUGGACGACAUGGAGGCGAGAGAAAAACGAGAUAAAUGAGGGAACAGGUACCAAUUCUGCUAUUGAAAUGGCAAUGGCCAUGACCCUGGGGAGAGGGGAGGACAAACCCAAGAAACAAUCAUGGUGGGCUAGCCUGCGGAACGGUAAGCAUAGUCCCGGUGCCUACCAGCUGGCAGACCUGGAGAUCAGCGAGGACGAGAAGAGGAGAAGGAAAUUUGAGGCAUAUAUGAGAAGGACAGAGCGUGAAAGGAUACUGUCCGAAUAUACUGUCAACAGCGAAACCACGAAGGUGGGAGACUAUGAUGGUUGGAAGGGAGAAUUUGGAGAGUCGAGUGAUCCUUGGGAUCCUGCGACACAGCUUAACUGGGGACAAGGUCGAAGAGGAAGCCACGGGAAAGGCAAGGAGCCAGAGAUAGACUCAGAUCCAGAGAAGGAACAGCUUUUAUCAUCGGAGGGUGGGCGGGUCCAUGCCACAACGGGAGCACCUUGA